UUUCCAAUUGCUCAAUGCAAACCAUCGAGUCUUCAAACUCAGAAUAUCUUAGACAAUAUUAUAACACUCCUCAUGGCUAGUUCUUUGGGUUUUGGCUUUUGUACGAUAACAAGCUUGGUUCUUGUUCUGUUUCUGAGUUCUGUUUCUGCUCAGCACACAAGGGCUUUCUUUGUUUUUGGUGAUUCACUUGUGGACAGUGGCAACAAUGACUUUCUUGCAACCACAGCUCGUGCUGAUGCUCCACCCUAUGGCAUUGACUUCCCAACACACCGACCCACUGGACGCUUCUCUAAUGGCCUAAACAUCCCUGACCUAAUCAGUUUGGAGCUUGGUUUAGAGCCUACUCUACCAUAUUUGAGCCCUUUACUAGUUGGAGAGAAGCUUCUAAUUGGUGCCAAUUUUGCAUCUGCAGGGAUUGGCAUUCUCAAUGAUACAGGAAUUCAGUUUCUGCACAUUAUUCACAUAGAGAAGCAACUCAAGCUCUUCCAACAGUAUCAGAAAAGAGUAAGUGCACACAUUGGCAGAGAGGGAACUCGGAACUUAGUGAACAGAGCACUUUUUCUCAUCACUCUUGGAGGCAAUGAUUUUGUCAACAAUUACUACUUGGUGCCUUAUUCAGCAAGAUCUCGCCAAUAUUCUCUCCCUGACUACGUGCGCUAUAUCAUAUCCGAGUACCGCAAAGUUCUGAGGAAGAUGUAUGAUUUGGGAGCUCGUAGGGUUCUGGUAACGGGUACAGGGCCAAUGGGGUGUGUUCCAGCAGAACUAGCUAUGAGAAGCAGAACUGGUGAUUGUGAUGUGGAACUCCAGAGAGCUGCAUCGUUGUACAAUCCACAACUCGUUAAUAUGAUCAAAGGACUCAACCAAGAGCUUGGUGCUGAUGUGUUUAUUGCUGCUAAUGCUUAUCAGAUGCACAUGGACUUCAUUUCCAACCCCAGAGCUUAUGGUUUUGUGACAUCAAAGAUAGCAUGCUGCGGGCAAGGCCCAUACAAUGGGAUUGGGCUGUGCACACCGGCCUCAAACCUGUGCCCAAACAGAGACAUUUACGCAUUUUGGGAUCCAUUCCAUCCAUCAGAGAGAGCAAGUAGAAUCAUUGUUCAACAGAUCCUGCGUGGCACCACUGAGUACAUGCACCCCAUGAAUCUCUCCACUAUCAUGGCCCUUGAUUCCAGGACUUAAUCUCAAUUAGGUUCUUGCUUUUUCUCACUACUAGUAUCUAAGCUUAGUUGUGUUCUAUUCUAUUAUCCAUGUGUGUGUGUGCGCGCGCUUUAUUUAUGCGUUCUUUUGAGUUUUGAUGAUCUCCUAGCUAGCUAGUGGUUUGGAGUGCAUUGGGUGCAACGAAAUAAUGCACCGGUUUGUAGUUUGUCAUAUGAUCUUGUGUUGCCAAUAAUAAAAAUGUCUAUCUUUCAAUUGUUA